AUGGCAUCAUUUCACACUCUCGGAAAUAAAGCUCCAGAGAUUGGAUUUACCCAAACAACACCAUCACAUCAUGAAAAAGAUUCCCUUAACAGAAGAAUCAUGUUGGUGGGGAGGACUGGUGUGGGAAAGAGUGCUACAGGAAACACUAUCCUGGAAGAGAAGAGAUUCAAAUCUAACCUCAGUUCAUCAGAGUGUGAACUGCAACAAGCAGUGGUUUCUGGAAGGAAUGUAUCUGUCAUCAAAACUCCAUGUUUAUUCGACACAACAAUGUGCCAUGAAAUGUUAGGUGAAGUGAUUGUAAGAAGUAUUUAUCUCUCCAGUCCAGGACCUCACGCUUUUCUUUAUGUUCAGCCUAUUAAUGUCAGAUUCACUGAACAAGAGGAAAAUGAUUUUGAGAAAUUGGAGAUCAUUUUUGGAAAAGAGAUAAAGAAAUACAUAAUAUUUCUCUUCACCUAUGCAGACAUGUUAGAGGGGAAGACUGUGGAUAUGGUGAUUCAGGAGAACAGAACUCUCGGUAGACUAGUUGAUCAGUGUGGAGGUGGAUACCAUAUCUUCAACAAUAAAGACCUGGGAAACAGAAAUCAGGUCAGUGAGCUACUAAAGAAGAUAGACCGAAUGGUGGAGAAGAAUGGAGGAACCUGCUACUCCAAUCAGAUGUAUGAGGAAGCAGAACGAUUCAGGGAAAGUGGGGAGGAAGAGGGGAGAGAUGAGAUGGGUAAGAGUGUAAAGGAAAUAAUACAGAUCUUUGAGAGCAAGAACAAGAAAAUGAGGGAGAAAAGUGAGAGACCCAAAAGAGAGGAGCAAACUAGGAUGAGGAUUGAAAUACCAGAGAAAUUCAGGACAGAGGAGAAGAAUAGGAAGGAGGAGUUAAAGGAUGUCAAAAGAGAGGAGGAGGAGAAAAAAGGAAACAAAGGGGUUCAGGUGAGAGAAGAAGUAAAAACAGAGCAUUUCUUGAUGCAGGGAGAAAUGGUGGAAAGUAAAGAGGCUUUUAAAGAUAGAGCUAAGGGUGUUGCAGAUGGAGAUGAAUAUAGAAAUCCAGUUCUAAAUACUCAGACAAGAAUGGAAAUACCAGAGAAAUUCAGGACAGAGGAGAAGAAUAAGAGGGAGGAGUCAGGGGGUGUCAAGAAAGAGGAGGAGGAGAAAAGAGGAAACAAAGGGGAUCAGGUGAGAGGAGAAUCAAAAAGAAAGAAGAAAAGUGAAGAUAGUGCUAGUGGUGUUGCAGAUGGAGAUGAUUAUCGAGAUAAAGUUCUAGGAGUUGUUCUUUCCAGUGUUCUUAUAGUAGGUGCUGGUACAAUGGCACCACUCCCGAAGAGCAUUGCUUGUUCUUUGAAUUAUAAUAUUAUUCUUCUUGGACUAACAGGACAUGGGAAAAGUGCAUCAGGAAACACACUACUGAGGAUAAAAGCGUUUAUUUCCAAGAAGAGCUUUAAAGCUGUAACUCAACAGGUUCAGGUGGAUAGUGCAACUUUUGAUGGAGUGACUCUUCAUGUGUAUGACACACCAGGACUCUUCAAUCCAGAAACAAGCAAUGAGAAUACAACAAGCCAAUAUGAGUCUCUCUUCCAGUUAGAUGAGAGUGCUCGCACUGUGAUUCUUUUGGUGAUAAAGGCAGAAAGAGUUGGUUCUGAUGAACUACAAACUCUUCAUCUAAUCGGAAAUUUUAUACCCAAUUUUUUUGUCCCAAACACAUGGGUCCUCUUCACCAAAGGAGAUGAGCUAGAGAGAGAAAAUCUUACAAUUGAAAAUUUUAUACAAGGGUCAAAAGUAAAUGAAGUCCUAAAGAGAUUUCAAAACAGAUACCAUGUCUUCAACAACACUUCACAAAGUUCAGAUCAAGUAAAGAAGUUAAUCAAUAAAACCAGAGAGGCACCACCAAUUAUCUCUCCAGAGAUUGGAUUUCCUCGAACAACGCCACCACAUCAUAAAAAAUCUUCUCUUCACAGAAGAAUAAUGUUGGUGGGAAAGACUGGUGUUGGAAAGAGUGCUACAGGAAACACCAUCCUGGGAAAGAAGGGAUUUAAAUCUGAGCUUGGGCCGUCAUCUGUUACAUCUAAGUGUGAAGUGCAACAAGCAGUGGUUUCAGGGAGGAAUAUAUCUGUCAUCGACACACCAGGUUUAUUUGACACAGCAAUGUGCCAUGAAAAUCUAGGUAAAGAGAUUUUAAGGAGUAUUUAUCUCUCCAGUCCAGGACCUCAUGUUUUUCUUUAUGUCCAACCUAUUAACAUCAGAUUCACUGAACAAGAAGAAAAUGUUUUUCAGAAAUUAGAGAUGAUUUUUGGAAGAGAGAUAAAGAAAUACACAAUAUUUCUUUUCACCUAUGCAGACAUGUUAGUGGGGAAGACUGUGGAUACGACUGUUGAGAAGAACAUUUCUCUCAGUAAACUAGUUCAUGAGUGUGGAGGUGGAUACCACAUCUUCAAUAAUAAAGAAAUGACAAACAGAAAUCAGGUCAAUGAACUACUGGAGAAGAUAGAUCAAAUGGUGGAGAAAAAUGGAGGAACCUGCUACUCCAAUCAGUUGUAUGAGGAAGCAAUUACAUUUAGAAAAGAGGAGGAGGAGGAGGAGGAGGAGGAGAAGGAGGAAGCGAGACUCGUGAGAGAAAAAAUACUCAGGUUUGAGCAGAAGGAUGAAAAAAUUAUGAGGGAAAGCAAGAGCCUUGAGAUAGAGGACCAGAACAUUAAGAUAAAUAUUAGGGAAAAAAUACAGAGAUUUGAGGGGAAUGAUCAGAAAUUGAGAGAAGAAAGUGAGAGACUCAAGAGAGAGGAGCAAACAAGAAAGAGGGGUUUAAGGGGAUUAGAGAAAUUCAGAAAAGAGGAGAAGAAUAGGGGGAGUGAGACAGAGGGAGUCAAGAGAAUAGAGGAGGAAAGAGGAAACAAAGAGAUUCAGAUGAGAGAAAAAACAAAAUCAGAACAUCUGUGGAUGCAGGUGGAAAAAGAGAAAAGCGAGAAGAGUUUUUUUAAAGAGUCUGACAAUAGAAACAAAAGCUUUUCACAUAUUGAUGGUGGUGUUGCAGGUGGAGGUGGAUACCACAACUUCAAUAGUAAAGAAAUGAUAAACAGAAAGCAGGUUAGAGGGCAAUGUGAGAACAUAGACCAAAUGAUGGAGAAAGAUGGAAGAAGCUGCUACUCCCAUCAGAUGUAUGAGGAAGCAGUAAGGCAAGAAGAGGAGGAGAGGAGCAAGAGGGAGGAAACAGAGAGACUCAUGAGAGAAGACAACGGAAAGAGGGAGGAAAAUAAGACACUGGAGACAGAGGACCAGAUGAGUCAGAGUUCUGUAAGUGAAAAAAUACAGAGGUUUCAGAGGAAGGAGGAGAAAACAAGGGAGGAAAGAGAGACACUUAAAAGACAGGAGCAAACAAGAAAAAUGGCUAAAAAGAAAUUCAGUAAAGAGGUGGAGAAUAAGGGAGAUGAGACUGAGGGAGUCAAGAGAGAGAACGAGGAAAGUAAAACAGAGGAAAAUAUGAAAAGUGAAGAGGCUUUUGAAAAGUACUACAAUAUAUACAAGAUCUUUUCGCAUAUUGCUAGUGGUGUUGCAGGUUCAGGUGGAAAUAUGGUGAGAGCUGCUCUUUCCAGUGUUAUUGAAAUAGGUGUUGGUGGACUCAUGGUUUAUAAUAGUCUGGUCAAAGUUGGUACUUUGGUUAGUCGAUUUGGCCCUUACUUUGGGUAA